AUGGAAACGCCUCCCACUCCAACCACUCGUGAGAGCUCCAGCAGCCCUGAUCUCGACGUUACUCCUCCGCCUUAUCAGCUGAGCAGCCCAUUCACAAGGCCUAGCACUAUCAGCACAGGUUCCGAACUCAAGAACAAAUCCCACAUGCCGUUCUCACAGGCUGCUGGUGAAUCACCUAGUCUCCACAGGGAUCGAGGCCCUCUUCCCCAGGCCAAUCUGAACGCUGUCAUUGAGGAAACUCCCGCUUAUCGAGCUCCUCAGUUCCGAAUCGGCCCAAUCUCUAUGUAUAUGCGUAACCAUGAGCCUUGCAAUUUCACGCCUCAAAAGCCUAUGCCCUUCAACUCGAAUGUGGCUGGGCUAGCUACACCAGCCAAUCCUAUCCGCCAGCCUGCUGUUCCUCCUCCCGACCAUGCUGCUUCAACCAGAAGCCUGUUUCCUGGGGCCUUGGCUCCGUCUCCAGCCUUAUGGGAAGGCCUCAGGGGGCACUUCAGCCAACUCGGAAUCAACGAGCACCAAAGCAUGGCUUCCCCAAUAACUCUCCCCCCUGCUCGGACACCCCCUGCUCCCAUCCAAGAGGCUCAGCGUCCUGUUCUCCCCUCCUGGCUCGAGGACGCUCUGAAGAAGGGACCUUACCUCCAGAACCAAGACGACCAUCGUCAAAAGUUGAGUUUGGCUGCUCAUCAACAAAAUGCCCGUGGCUUCAGGCCCAUGGCUGCUAUUACUCGCCCUCCCAGCCACACGACCCGCGAAGAUGAAGCGCGCGAGUCUAUCUUCUCCGACAACUACAAAGGAGAACAUAACACCCGAAAUGCAAGCGCACUGAGUCUCACCCCAGAGCAGAACUGCGCCCUUUGGUUGACCAAUCUCCCACCUGAUGUUACUCAUCAUGAACUGCUUGGACAGAUCCGCAACGUCGGACGCAUCUGGUGCUCUGUCAUUAACGAGCCCGACUGGCAGCGCCACGAAACCGCAGCUGCAAAGGUCGUCUUCUUCACUCCCGGCCCUGCUCAGCUUCUCCUCUCCAAGUCUCUUACACAGGGUCUUAGUGUUCGCGGCUUCCCUGUGCGAGUCACUCACAACCGCGUCAAGUAUGGGGAACAAGCCAUUAUGGGACCUGCAUCGCGUGUUCUCAUCAUCACUGGGAAAAGCACCUUUGUUAACCCCAGCUGCCUCACAGAGUUCUUCGAGGAACGCUUCGUCUUUGAGGUCGAUGAGAUCACCGAGCUCAUUGUUCAGGGUGACGCUUCAAAGGGCGGUCGGUCUGUGGUCGAAUAUCGAUUUGGAAGCUUCCGAUGCCAGGCGCAAAUGGGCAAGAUGGCCUUGGAAAAGGAUCGCCCACAAGGAUUUGAGAAGGUUGAGUUCGGAGAGGAUCCAUGUGAGGUUGGCGACACCCUCUCUGCCUAUGGUAUUGCUGCGGAGCGUAUUCAGGGAAAGGGAAUGUGA